AAGAUUCUACUCCAGUGAUCCACGUGCAUCAGCAGGUCGGAGAAAUUCAUACCAAGAGAGCCAUUCAUUCCUUUGUGUAUUAUCCAAUUUAAUAUGGCUGACGUUUUGCCAGAGACAAAUAUAUCAGAGGAGGCAGAAGCUGCCUUGGCUCAGCUAAGUAAAGACCCAAAGUUCCAGUCCAUUCUACAAAAGCAUCUUGCUGCUUCUAAAGGAUCCACUUAUGAAGAUCUUCCUAUUACUAUUAAGAAGCGUGUUCGUGCUCUUAAAAACAUUCAGCUUGAGGUCACAAGACUGGAGGCAAAGUUCUACGAGGAAGUCCAGCGGAUUGAAGCAAAAUACCAAGCACUUUAUCAGCCAUUAUUUGAUAAAAGAGAGCAGAUAUUGACUGGAGCUUAUGAGCCAUCACCAGAUGAAACUAAAUGGACACUCAGUGAGGAUGAGGACGAGGAAGAUGAAGAGAAGCCUAAGCCUGUUACAAAUGGGGAUGAUAAUGGUGAUGACUCAGCAGUAAAGGAUAAAGAGAGCCUCAUUACUAACGGUACAAAAGAAUCUGACACAGAUUCAGGUAAAGGUGUUCCUGGUUUCUGGCUCACUGCCCUGAGGAAUAUUGAUGUUUUCAAUGAGUAUAUCAUGGAUCACGAUGAGGCGAUACUGGAGCAUUUAACUGACAUCAAACUGACCUAUGCUGAUGAAAGAGGACUGGAUUUCACGCUGGAUUUUCAUUUCUCCGAUAACGAGUACUUCACUAAUAACGUUCUCACUAAAAAGUACACUGUCUCUUGCGAGGUUUCACCAGACGAUCCUUUUGGAUUUGAAGGUCCCACAAUAACUGAAGUGAAGGGGUGUAAGAUUGAUUGGAAGAAGGGUAAGAAUGUAACUGUUAAAACUGUCAAGAAGAAACAAAAGAAUAAAGGUAAAGGUCAAUCUCGUGUGGUGACUAAGACGGUUCCUAACGAGUCUUUCUUUAAUUUCUUUUCUCCUCCUGAUCCUAACACCUUUGACUCAAUGGAGGAGACUGAAGCUGCUGAUCUCUCGAUGCAGUUGGAGGGAGACAUGAGUAGAGCUGAGUUCAUCAGAGACAGGCUCAUACCUAAAGCAGUUCUGUAUUUUACUGGUGACCUUAUUGAUGAAGAGGAAGGGGAGUCUAUGUAUGAUGAAGAUGAUGAUGAGGAUGAUAGUGACCCAGAAGCAGAUGAAUACAAUGCCAGCUCUGAUAUUCAGAAAGCAAAGCCACCAGAGUGUAAACAGCAAUGAUUAUCGGAGAGAAAAAAAAA